GUUACAGAAUCCAUUGCCACCGAAUAUGACCUAAAGACCAGACCAGAAGCCAGACAACAGCCAACCCAGUACCAGGUUUCAACUUCCCAUUCCUAUUCCCAUUAAUACACGCAAAUGCCUCAGAGAAAUCUAUGAACUUCUGUCCAUUCUAUGCCUUUCUUUACCCACUCCCCGCCGCCUCUCGCUCUGCGUGUUUCUUCCUGUAAACACCUCUGCUCCGCCCCAUACCCAACACCGCGGAACAAUCUUCUCUGAACCAAAAUCUCACGAACCCAUUUCGAAAUAUAUGCGUUUUUGCAUAUAAAGCUCUCGCCUUUACUCCGUUUUCUAUACAAAAACAGCUCUUUUAUCUCUCUCUCUCUCUCUCUCUCUGUGUACAUAUAUAUAGGGUGGUCGAGGACCAGGAAGGAGGAUGGUGCACUACCAGAGAAAUCAUCUGCUGGUGAAGAAAGGAGGGUUGGUUGAUGGUGAUGAAGAAGAUGAAUCUCAUCACCACCUUCUGGGUUUGGUGUGGGGGAACAGUGGCUAUAACAAGAGAGCAAAGCCCAAUCUUUUGUUUAUCCUCUUUCUCUCUCUCUUGUCUUGCAGCUUUAUCUUUGCACCUCAUCUCUUCAGUGCUUCUCCCCCUACUUUUUCUCUCUUGUAUUCGUUUGGAUUUGAGGGUGAAGGACUUGCUUCUGAAAUCGAUUCAUAUGCUUCCCUUUGUUCCUCUGCCCCCAAUGGUACUAUUUGUUGUGACAGAAGUAGCUUUCGAUCCGAUGUGUGUAUAAUGAAAGGGGAUGUAAGAACAGAUCCCGCUUCAUCUUCAAUUGCCCUCUACAGAAGCUAUGGUCAUAACCGAUACAUUUUGGGCUUGUCUGGUGACAACGAUAAGGCGGUUCCAGUUGAAAAGAUCAAGCCUUAUACUAGGAAAUGGGAAACGAGUGUGAUGGACACGAUUGAUGAAUUAGAUCUUGUUGUGAAGAACAAGAAGGAUUCUGGGAUUCAUCACGCGUGUGAUGUCCAGCAUGAUGUCCCUGCUGUUGUGUUCUCGACGGGAGGGUAUACUGGGAAUGUGUAUCACGAAUUCAACGAUGGGAUUUUGCCUCUCUACAUCACUUCUCAGCGUUUCGAUAGGAAGGUUGUGUUUGUCAUCCUUGAAUAUCAUAGCUGGUGGAUUUCCAAGUACGAAAACAUCCUUUCUCGCCUUUCUGAGUAUCCUGCAGUGGAUUUUCGAGAUAACAGAACCCAUUGCUUCCCUGAAGUUAUAGUUGGCUUAAAGAUCCAUGAUGAGCUCUCCAUCGAUUCUUCGUUGAUGAAAGGGAACAAGAGCAUCAGAGACUUUAGGCAGCUGCUAGACCGAGCUUAUCUCCCUCGAAUUACAGGCCUUAUUCAGGAAGAGGAAGAAUCAAAUUCCUCAACCGAGAUAAAGGUGAAGAAGCAAAACGUGAAGUCACCUAAGCUGGUUAUAGUUGCUAGGAACGACUCACGAGCAAUACUUAACGAGGACUCGUUGAUUAAAAUGGCUGAAGAAAUUGGGUUCCAAGUUGAAGUUUUGAGGCCUGCAAGGACCACAGAGCUCGCGAAAAUUUACAGAGUUCUGAACUCAAGCGAUGUUAUGAUUGGAGUUCACGGGGCUGCCAUGACACAUUUCCUCUUCUUGAACCCCGAGUCUGUCUUCAUCCAAAUCAUCCCCCUGGGAACAGACUGGGCAGCCGAGGCUUACUAUGGCGAGCCAGCAAAGAAGAUGGGAUUGAGGUACAUUGGCUACAAAAUCCUCCCGAACGAGAGCUCGUUGUACGAUGAAUAUGACAGCAACGAUGCUGUUCUCACAGACCCUGAUAGCGUGAACAAGAAGGGCUGGGAAUUCACCAAGAAGAUCUACCUCGAUCGCCAGAAUGUGAGGCUGCAUCCUGGGAGGUUUCGGAAACGCCUCUUGCGUGCUUAUUACUACACCAUUGCCAUGAAAAGAAAUCAUCAAAGUCAGUAACUUUUUUCUUAUCUUGUCUCAUUUCUGGGAUUUUGCCAUACAUUCAUCUCAUUCUUUUCAGUGUUGUUGUAUAUUACUAUGCAGAGAGAAACAGUAACUAUUGUAGAGACUAAUGAAACAUUAUUGCCUUUUGUGUACAUCAGUGUAUAAAAACAAUAAAAAGAUUGCAUUCUCUU